UUUGUCAAUCCUCCAGAACUGCUGCUGAGAAAUUCCCACCACCAGCGACGCUCCCCAAGUCAUUGUGCCUUGCCACGGAACACCAGCCACCAUGUUCUCAAGAUCAGUACUCUCAUCACAGCUGCUUCGGCAGGCUGCACGACCAGCAGCAGCACAAGCCGCAAGGCCUGCCUUCAUCAACAUCAAGUCACCCAUGCUGAACCUCGUCCAACAACGACUCCUCUCCGAUGCAACCAGACAAGCCAUCGACAAGGCAGUUGCCUCUGCACCAGUUGUCCUCUUCAUGAAGGGAACACCUGAGACGCCUCAGUGCGGCUUCUCGAGGGCAAGCAUCCAGAUCCUGGGCCUGCAGGGUGUGGACCCUAACAAGUUUGCUGCGUUCAACGUGCUGGAGGAUGCGGAACUUCGGUCAGGCAUCAAGGAGUACUCGGACUGGCCCACCAUCCCCCAGCUGUACGUCGACAAGGAGUUCAUUGGCGGCUGCGAUAUCCUCGUCUCGAUGCACCAGAACGGAGAGCUGGCCAAGAUGCUAGAGGAGAAGAAGGUCUUGGCCCCUGCCGAGGAGGCCGAGCCUGAGCAGAAAUAAAACAAUACCCACAGGCGAAGAGAUUUGGCCGUACGAGGGAAUCGGGCUGGUAUAGAAUCUGACUGAUCACGCCAUUAAUUAGAAGACGGCUGAGUA